AUGGCAUAUUUCUCACCUUCACGUUUUUGCAUGUCAAUUAUUUUAAUUUGCAUGUUUAGCAUUGCAUCUUCUCAAUUAAGCUCAAAUUAUUAUUACAAAACAUGUCCACAAGCACUCUCCAUAAUAAGAAGUGCAGUGAUGAGUGCAGUUGCCAAAGAGCACCGCAUGGGUGCAUCCUUGCUCCGUCUUCAUUUCCAUGAUUGCUUUGUCAAUGGAUGUGAUGCAUCGGUUCUAUUAGAUGACACAUCGAGUUUUACUGGAGAGAAGACAGCUGGUCCGAAUGUGAAUUCUCUCCGAGGUUUUGAUGUAAUUGAUGACAUUAAAACUAAGGUUGAAGCUGCUUGUCCCAGUGUUGUUUCUUGUGCUGAUAUUCUUGCUCUUGCCGCACGUGAUUCUGUUCUUGCAUUGGGGGGUCCAUCAUGGAAUGUUGGGUUAGGCAGAAGAGACUCAACGAGUGCAAGUAAAGAUGAUGCCACUAAAGAUAUCCCUUCCCCUUUGAUGGAUCUAAAUCAACUUAUCUCUGCUUUUUCAAAUAAGGGCUUUAACACCAAUGAGAUGGUUGCCCUCUCAGGAGCUCACACAACAGGGGAAGCCAGAUGCCAAUUAUUUCGAGGAAGGCUUUACAACGAAACAAGCAUUGAUUCAACUUUGGCAACAUCACUGAGGCAGAAUUGUCCAAGCACUGGCGGCGAUACCAACCUUUCGCCGCUCGAUACCACCACCAGUGUCCUAUUUGACAAUGCCUACUUUAAGAACCUUGUCAACCAAAAAGGGCUUCUACACUCUGAUCAGCAACUCUUCAGUGGUGGUUCCACUGAUUCUCAGGUCACCAGCUAUAGCAACAACCCUGCAAGCUUCUUUGUCGACUUUGCAAACGCCAUGGUCAAGAUGGGAAACCUUAGCCCUUUGACAGGGAACGACGGCCAAAUUCGUACUAACUGUCGCAAAAUUAAUUAAAAAUAACAAUAGUGACUAAGACAACAAUGGUGCAAAGCAUCCUACUUUAUACAAAGUCUGUCUAAGGAAAGGCUACACCUAAUGUUGGGCCAAAAAUAUGAUAAUUAAGAAGGGCAAAAAGUAAUGCUCCUUUAGUUUUAAGUGUAAGGUGUUAUGGUCAGUCAGAAGCUGUUGUGAUAGUCUCUGAAGGGGAAAUAAACCAAAGAAAUUGAUUUGCUGUUGUUUAGCAAGCAGAAAUUUCAUCCAUAAACAUGCUAGAGUUGUAUUUUUAAUAAUACCUUAAUGCUACUAUAACUUC